AUGCGCAGUCUGGGGCGCUUGCGCGCCGCCGGCGAGUCGCUCGCGUCGCUAGCGAGCGUGUGCGAGGGCGCUGCGGCGUGGAACCGCCUCCCAGGCGGGGCCGCGGGCGCCCUGCCUGGGGCCCUGGAGGCUGCUCUCCCCGCCGCGUCGCGCAUCGAAGCGCGCCUGAACGGCGCGCAGACGGCGUCUGUGUCGCAGUUCUUCGCGCACGAGCGCGGAGAAGGCCAGGGCACCGCGGACGGCGGCGUGUUCGGCCGGUUUGGGUGCGCGAGUCCAGGCACGCUGCGACGGCGCGCCGCGGGCGGCGCGCGGGCGUUCUCGCGCGCCCCGGGUAGCUCGCCCGCGACGCACAGCAUAGACGGCGGCGCGAUCCCAAUGCCGGGCCCCGUGGCCGGCGACGGCCCGGGAACCCAGCCCGCAACCUCCGCACCUGCGCGCACGGGUGCCGCCGGUGCGGCCGGAGGCCCCGCUGCGGAGGCGGCCGCUCCGGCCGUUGCAGCUGCCAGUGGUGCAGCGCUCGCCGCGACCGGCGCGCGGGCCCAGGCGGGCGCGCCGCCCGCGGAGCCGCCGGGGCGGUCCUUCUCCGCGCAGGCGCAGCAGCAGGAGCAGCAGCGCAAGCAGGGCGACGCGGGCGCGCCAGUGGACCUCGCGGUGGGUCUGGGGGCCGCGGGGGGCGGCGGCGACGCCGACGGCGGCCGCCCGUGGCGCGAACGGUCGCCGCUGUACCCGAGCGACGUCGCGGGGGGCGCGCCGGGCACCGCGGACGCCCGCUUCCAGGAGCUGGUGGAGCGCGAGCGCUCGUCAUACCUCGGCGCGGGAACGGGCCUGCUGGUCAAUCAGAUCGAGAUCUCGCGCAAGCUGCAGGGGCUGGGGGUCGAGGGCGGCAAGAGCGGCCUCACGCGCGAGCAGGCGGACGCGGUGACGCAGGUGAUCGCGGAGAUCUCGAACGAGAUUCUCGCGAAGGUGGCGCGGGACUACGCGACGACGGCGCACGUGCGGGACGCGUUGCGGGACCUGGCGCAGGACCAGGAGCGGUGGCGGCUCGACACGGUGAAGCAGCGCGAAAUGGACCGCGCGUCCACGCAGCGGGACAUUCAGGGCCUGCAGAACGACGUGCGGAGCCUGCGCGUCGACGCGAGGCAUGAGCUGGAAAAGCAGGCGAGCUCGCAGCGGCUCGAUUUGAACCUCGAGCGGUCGCGGCUGCGCGAGGAGCUGAAGAAGAUGGAAGAAGGAUUCAACCAGCAGGACCAGCGCGUCGAACGCGAGAUCCACGUCCAGCGCACGGCGCUCGAGGCCAACAAGAACGACAUGAUCAAGUACUUCUCCGGUACGCUCAUGACGUUCGUGGCCAUCGGCGCGACGAUGUUCCGCCUGUUCAUGUCGUGA